AUGAAUAAUAAAAAUCUUAAACCAACGGAUAACAAAAAUACUACGGACGGAAACAGAUUAACAAGAAGCAGGACACAAGAAAAUCCUGAACUUAAAAGUAUUGUAGAAGAUCGUAAUUACGCGUCAGCCUUUUUACAAAGCCGUAAAACACCGCGCUCACCAACAGAACGAAGAACAUUUGACUUCACACCAGAAGUCACAGCCGAGGCGUCAAACGCGAAUACAAAUCUAGGUGCAAUACCCAGAACAAAGAAUGUUAAAAAUCUAACAGUAAACACUAACCAAACGGAAAACGGAAGUGCCAACUGGCAAAACAAGAGUAUAGGAUUUACAAUUAACCCAAGUAACGAAGCAGAUAAUAACAAACAAACAGGAAUAAGUCCCCAGGAUAACAGAAACAAUACCGAAAUACUAAACGAAACAAUAAACAACAGCUGCAAAAACGACAUAUCCCUACUCGAAAUUGAAGGAAUCACAGAACAACCAAGCCUAAUAGGAAAUCUGGACGGAGAGAAUAGCGAAGGAAAUUUAACACUCACCUGCGUAAGUCCGAGAAAGAAAAUGACAGACCAACAAAUUCAAAUCCAACCUCUAAGAUUACCCUUGAAAUACGUAGCAAACCUAGUACCCGAAUUCGACGGGAAAAAUAUUUCAGUUACCGAAUACCUUGAAAAAGUAAAACAUGCUAAAAACAUUAUAACACCCGUAGACGAACCAAGCCUAAUCCCGAUCCUAAAAAUUAAAUUAAAAGGAGAGGUAUACAAAGCACUAAUAAACUCACCGAUAAAUAACGUAAACGAUUUUAUUCAGGCAAUAAAGUCAUUAUUCCCAUCCACCGAAAAUAUACACAGUUUAUAUGGAAAAUUAACAGAACUAACACAAAAACCAGGCGAAACAGUACUUAGCUACGGGAAUAGAUUACAGGAACUAGUAAUACAAAUUAAAGACUUAAAAAGAAUGGAAACAGGCAUAAACCAACAAAUCAUACAGGACUUUGACAGGACGAUUAAAAACGACGCAGUAAAAAGCUUCAAAAAUGGGCUAAAGCAGGAAAUUAGAAUAGAAUUAAAGCAGAAAGACGAUUUAAACGUCCUUAUACAAGAGGCCAUCGACAUCGAAUCAAGGUUAAAGAAACAAAACAUGCUGAGAGGCGACUCAGCUAGCGUACUAUGUAGCCUCGAGAAAUACGACGCAAACCCAGUAACGUAUACGUGUCAAAUAUGCAAAGAACCAAACCACGAAGCAUUAUUUUGCAAUAACGCGGCAUGUGUAUACUGCAAAAACAAAGACCACAUAUCAUACAAUUGUAAAUUCGCUAGAAACAAGAUAGAGCUUAUUUGUAAAUAUUGCAACACCCAGGGACAUUCCAUAGACGCAUGUAGAAUGAAUAGAUCAAAAGGAAAUUAUUGCCAAUAUUGCCAUGUAAUGGGUCACACGGUCACCCAAUGCCCAUUCAUAAUUGAAUAUGAAACAUGCUGGAAGUGCAAAGGAAGCGGUCACGAUCCAAACACCUGCACAAGAUUCCCAAAAAUUACGGAACUCUGCGAAAUUUGUAAUAGUAGGUACCAUACAGCCGAAAAUUGCCCAACACCUAUGUGCCCACUCUGCAAUAAAUUGGGCCAUACUAUAAAACACUGUCCAUUAACGAAAAACAAUAGACUCCAAUUGAUCAUGUGCACAAACUGCAACGAAGAAGGCCAUGAUGCAGAAGAAUGCGAAGGGGCAAGAGUCUUCCAAACUAGGACACACGAAAUUAAAUACCAAAAUCGUAACCAAUUAGGUCACUCGGCAGGAAGCUACUAUGAGUUGAGAAACCCUCAACGUAGAUCAAAUGACUUGUAUGGAGAUAAUCACAAUUUUAACCAUAAUAAUAGUAACUUCCAGAGAAAAUAUAACUACAACGGAAAUUUUAACGGCAAUAAUCACUUCAGAAAUAAUAAUGGCAAUGGAAAUUUUAACAGCAAUAACUACUCCAGAAAUAAUAAUAGCAACAGAGAUAACCCGAGACACACGAACGAACCGCGAAAAUUUUGCGACUAUUGUAGAACCCCCAAUCAUACAAUAAAAGAAUGUAGAAAACUGAAAGCCAUCGAACUACGAGCACAAAAAAGAGAUAUUUGUUCCUACUGCGAAGAGCCAGGACACUUAAUAGACGCAUGCAGGAAACUAAAAAGCCUGGAAAAUAGCGUCGGAAAAAUCUGCAACCUGUGCAAAAGUACGAAUCACACAACAGAAGAAUGCCACAGAGGGCAAAACCACCAACAGCACAGACAGGGAAACGAAUAG